AUGGACCCAACUUGUAAGCCCGUGGCCUUUGUGGUAUUUCGAGGCAAGACUCCAGGAGUCUAUUACAGCGAAGAAGAAUGCCAGCAGCAGAUAGAAGGAGUUCCCAAGAGCAAAGUCCAAGCCUUCACGAGGGCAUAUGAUGCCGAACUAGCCUGGUCAGAGUGGCAGCGGAAGCUUUUUGUCAAGCUUGGAGCUUCAACAUUCUUGCAACAGACAGCACCGAAGGCGAGACCAAGACUGGAAGCUGCUUAUGCUCCACCACCUAGGACGUACUCGACACAUGCAAAUGAACCGAUUCCGCGGGCACCGGCGGAGAGAUAUGAGAGGCAUGAGGGAAGGAUGAUCAAAGGAGAACCGCUGGAGAAAAUGUUGCCACAGAACUCGCGAAAUAUGCCCUGUAUUCAAGCUCUGCCAGGACCUGUUCUGAAGUACGAGACGAAAAACGAAUUCUCCUCUCCUCUACACAAACACGAGCCUUCAUCUUUGGAGCAAUCUUGUAGCUACAGCACGCCGCCUCCCUCUUCCUCUCCAAUGCCAUCUUUCAAACGUCCUGCAAAUUACAUUGAAAUCUCCGACGACGAAGCAGACAUGAAGUACAAAAAGCCUAGGGUGGACGAUCCUCACGGAGACCCUGUCCUCACUGCAGAGGAGAGAUUCGAGUUGAGACGCAUCAACCAAGUGAAAGCACCCCGGCAAACAGAUUCCGCCGAAUCCGCCGAACAGUGA